AAGCUUCUCGUCGCGCCGCACGCGCGCGUGGGUGGACAGAAGACGCGGCGUUUUGGGGGGUGCUUUCUGUGAACAAAACGGCGCGGCGUGGCAGCAGACCUUUCGGCUCGGGACUACGCGGUAGCAUAAGCUCCGUGGGAGAAAUACUCGGGAGCUAGUGCAUCGCGACGAGGCGGGGUCCUUGUGGCCGUUGCAAGCUUCCCUUGGGGCGUUCCAUCGCCAGCACCGCACCGAUCCAUGAUCCCUUGCAACCUUAGGAGUGGAAGCUGCUGCCAGGAUUGCACUUCUGCACUUGCAACGAUCGCCGGCGGCCAGUAGUCAGGCCUGUCAGUCUUCUGACUACUCCCUGCCUGCCGCUGUGUCACCUGGUCUACUCGCGGUGAUUGAUAAGCCUGCUGCUUCGCUGGGGUCUGUUGCUGUAGCCUAGGGUAGCUCUCUUCGUUGUGGUUCAAGUCAUCCUCUUUUUCACCACCAGCAGCACCAUCACCACUGCCAGCAUCACCACCGCCAUCACCACUCCCCCCUUCUCCUUCUCCGUAUCCUCCUCCUCUCUCCCCGCUUCCCCACCCCCUCCACCUUCGCGUUUUCCUCCACUUCGCCCCUUCCUCUUCAACCGCGAGUACACUUCGCCAUCCCAUUGGUUGCGUCAUCUGCUCCAUCACCUCCCCAACGAUCUCCUCCGAUCCGUCCACCCGCCUCUCUGUGCAUCAGCGGCUGGCGGCCAUUCUCGAGCGUUUUUCCACCCCCCGCCUCCAACGCGCGCAGCUUUGCCUGUGCCUCUCUCGUUUCCACUCAGCUUCCACUACCAACCGUCCUCCGCCUCCUCGGGAUCACCGGCGUAUCGCCUGUAGUGGGGGCACUUUGCGGUGGGAGUUAGUUACCCUGUAUGAGGUGCCGAGAGUCAAGCUCAGCUGCCUUAGACUAGCUACUGAAGAUCUGCUACUCCAAGCCAAGUUAACCACACAAGUUCAAGUAGACUACUUGGUUCAUCACCCCACUUACUCUCGCCGCUUUUCCUGCGGCUAUAGCAUCGGCAACGGCAGCUUCUGACCUGGUCUGCGUGGCCGUUGGAAUCAGUCCAUCUCUCUUAAACCCGAAACCUCCUUGCCAGGGGUGGGUUUCCCGGCGGUCCCUGUUAAUCACGCGGAUUCACUCUGCUUCGCGUGUGCCUGGCAGUUCACUCAUCCGCUGAAGGCAGAGGCCAACCCAGCCAACCCAGAGGCGUUCAAGACUUGAACUGUUGAAGAUCCCAGUGCGCGCUUGCUUGGAGCGAAGAGCGGCGUUCACCCCCUUCACCCCCGUGUCUCACGCACCUGCGCUACGCGGCGCGGCUUGGCUGAAAACAAGACUGCAGCACCACUGACUCAUCCGUUCAUCCCGGAUCAAGUUUCAACCCAUUAAUCAGGCAGGCAGGCCAGUCGUCUGUUCGUCCGUCAGUUGGUCAACUACAAGCACCUACUUCCCACACUCAAGACCAUCAGGCUGUCGCGAUGAGUGGCAGCAACAGGCGGGCUUCUGGGUCCGGCUCAUGGCACGAGAGGGACGAGCAGCAGGGUAGGCCUGAUAGGAGCGGGAGGGAUGUCAGGAAUGACCGGAGCGACAGGAGUGAGAGGAUCGAGUGGGUCGACAGGGGCGGCAGGGGCGACAGGGGCGACAGGGAGGGUAAUGUGCACCUGAGAGGCGCGCCCCUCGUCCCUUCCGUGGACCAACCCAGGCAGUAUGGCCAGCAGCCGCAGCACCGACAACACCAGCAGCAGCAGCUGCUGCAGCAGCAGGAGCAGGAGCUGCUUUCACAGUGGCAUGAGCGUGGGGAAGCAGGGGGUGGAGCGUUGGCGGAGAGAGCACGGGCUGCUGCGGCGGCUGCGCUUCGGGAGGGUGAAAGGGCGGGGGGCAGCAGGGGGGAGGGGUGGAGGGGGGAGGAGAGAGAGCGAGGGAGGAGAGGUGAUGCUGCGGUUAUUGGUGCUAGAAGUGUUGGUUUGGGCGGAAGAGAGGGAGGUGUGGUUAUGGGCGUGGGGGAGAGGGAGAGGGAGUGGGAAAGGGAAAGGGAGAGGGAGAGGGAGUGGGAAAGGGGGAGGGAGCGCGAGCAGGAGAGGGAGAGAGAAAUGGAGAGGGAGCGAGAGAGGGAGAGAGACAGGCAGGGGGAGAGGUUGACAGAAAGGGAGAGGGAUAGGGGGGGGGAGAAGGAAAGGGAGAGAGAGAUGGGGAGAGCAAGGGGCAGAGAGCUGGAGAUGCAGCAGCAGUGGCAGCAGCGGCAGCGGGAGGAGGAAGAGCGGUUGCUACAGGAUAUGGCUCCAAUGACAUACGCCCUGCGAUCCGGGCUAAGCCAGCGGGCCCAGUACGAUUCGUCGAACCUGGACGCGUCGAGAUACGCUCCUUCACAGAUGCAGUACGGUGUUUCAGCCACAACAGCCACAGCAGCCACAGCCCCCCCUGCCGCUGCCGCCACUGCUCCUGUUCCUGCUUCUGUCUCCCACGCUCCUGGUCAGCUACCGCCGCCAACGGUGAUCUACUCUACUGCUCCCGGAUCGGUCUUUCAGUCAGCGCCUAUAUCGAGCAUCCAGCUUGGUAACGGAGAGAGGGUGUAUGGGCAAGCGCCGGGGGUACAUGCACCUGGCAUGCCUAAUAUGGCUCGGGCAGGGGAGCCGCCUCAUAUGGUGCCUAUGAGUAUGGCGGGUAUGGCGGGUAUGGCCCCGCCUAUGCACAUGUAUGAUGGAUCUCGCUUUAACGUUGUCUACGUGGCGUCUGCUCCUCCUGGUGCUGCCCCUGCCGUUGCCCCUGCUUCUGGUGUUGCUGCCGCUGCUCCUGCUGCUGCUAGUCUUCCUGCUCCUGCUUCUGCUGCUGCUGAUGCUGCUGGUGGUGGUGGUGCACCCGGUCCACCCCAUAUGGUCUACUCUAACCGCCAGCCUACACAGCACGUGUUCUAUGCUGCUACCGGGCCCACAGGCCACCUGCAACCGUCCCACAUGCAUCCUCAAAUGCUCCUUGUCCCGGGCUACUCGCCCCACCUCCACAUGGCACCCACAGCGGCUGCAGGGGCUGCUGCUGCCGCUGGUAGCGCCGGUGGUGCCGGUGGUGGUGAUGGUGGUGGUGGCGCUGGUAGGAUUGGACUUCCCGCCUAUCCGCCCCAUCAGGUUGCCGCUCCUCACACUGACCUUGGCAGGCCUCUCUUGCCGUCCUCCUCCUCCUCCCCAUCCCCUGCUCUCCCCACCACCACGGUACGCAUCACUGCUGUUGCGUCGCCCCAUAGGGCAGGGGACGGUGGCAUGGAGCCAGGCACGAGGAGAACGGUGGUUCCUGUGACCCUGUUUCCCAGGCAACAGGGGUAUGCGGACGUGCGCGCGUCCAUGCAGGGGCAUGGGUGGGGAAAGGUUGAUGUGGGGGAGUAUGCGCGUGUGGUGCAUGUCAGUGGGAUUGAUGCUAGUGGCAGGAGUGAUAGGGCUGGGGAGACGGGAAGGGAGAGAGAAAGAGAGAGGGAGAGGGAGCGGGGGCGAGAAAGGGAGAAGGAGAGGGAGAAGAGGAGAAUGCAGGAACGAGAUAGGGAGAGGCUGAGGGAGAGCGAGAAGAUUCGUGAGAGAGAACGGGAGAGAGUACGGGAGAGAGAACGGCAGGCGCAGAGGGAAACGGAAGGGCGAAGAGAGAGCCAGAAGGAGAAGGAAAGGGCGAGAGAGAAGGAGAAGGAGAAGGAUGCCAACAAACCACACGAUAGGCAGAAGGAGAAGGAGAAGGAGAGGGAGAAGGAGAAGGAAAAAGAGGAGGAGGAGAAGGGAACGGAGAAGGAGAACGAGAAGGAGAAGGAGAAGCAUGAUGAUAACGAGAAAGCCAAGGAGCAGAAGCCAGAGAGGGAAAGAGCCAGGGAGCAGGAGAAGUUACCAGAUAAGAAGAAAGCUCCAGGGAAGAAAGCUAAUGGCGAGAAAGCUAGGGGCGAGAAAGCCAAGGAGAAGGGCGAGGAAAAGCCCAGCGCUACAGCCCUACCUGGCAUUUUGAGUCGACUCAAAAGUCAGGGCGAGGAAAAACCGAGCGCUACAGCCCUACCUGGCUACAUCUUCGGGUGCACGAACCGCACGAAGAAAGAGUGCUACGACCGGGGGCUGUUCGGCAACACGGCCACGCACAGCCGCGAGAUCGAGCGCAUAGACAAGGGAACACGGCUUUUCCUGUUCAACUUUGAUGACCGGGUGAUGCAUGGCGUAUACCGCGCCCGCGGCAAGGGCGGGCACGGCCUGGUGAAGGACGCGUGGCAGGGCGCAUUUCAGUGGCAGGUGCGUUUUGAGGUGGAGGAGGAGUAUCCAGCACUGAAGGAGUCAGAGUUCAAGGCAGCCAUAAAGGACAACGUCCAUCACAACCGCAAAUACUCUUUCAGCCUCACAGAGCAACAGGUGUCAGACCUCGUUGCUCUGUUCCAACGAGCUCCCAAGCAGCAGGUAAGUGUGUGGAAUCGGAUCUCCUUCCCCACCUCCGUUUCCAAAAAGGCUUCCAAGGGAGAAGGGAUGGGGGAGGAGACUGCAGUGAGCCCCCAGGGGAAGUCUGGAAGGAAAGAAGGUGGUACGGGUGUAGAAGGAAGGGCAGCAAGGGCAGAGGGAAGUAAGGAGGUCGCAGGAGUUAAGAGGAGUGCAGAUGUGGCCGCUGGAGCUGCAUGGAAGAGGGCUAAUGCAGCUGAAGCCGCUGCUGCAGCAGCGCUCAGGGGGGUGGGGGGGCGAGAGAAGGGAGGGAAGGUGGCGGAUGGGAGGAGGAGGGGCAGAGAGGAGAGUGGGAAGGAGCGAGGGGCAGGGACAGGGGGUGAGAGGAGGGGCAUCGACCGAGGUAGACUGGGAGUGAUUGGGGAUGGCGCGAGGGGCACUGGGGGGGGAUUGGGGAAGAGGGGGAGAGAUGAGGGAGAGAUGGUAUUACAAAGGAAAGUGGGGAGGGCUGAAGGGGAGGCGGGGGGAGAUGGCAGGAAGCAGUGGCAUGUGCGGCUGGUGCGGUGUAAGUUACCCCUAAAGGUUGCUUCUCCUUCUGCUGCUGGUGCUGGUGCUUCUGCUGCUGCUGCUGGUGCUGGUGCUUCUGCUGUUGCUGCUGGUGCUUCUGCUGGUGGUGGUGGUGGUGCUGCUGCUGGUGUUGCUGCUGCUGGUGCUGAGGCUGGUGAUGCCGCUGGAAAGAGAGGGGGAAUGAAGGCCGGGGUGAAGAAAGGGGGUGAGAGAGGAGGAUUGGAGGACCUGUGCAGUGGGUGUGCUAGGACGUCUCUUGCUGUUGUUGACAUGCGUGAUAUGGCUGUGGAAGGGGAGGGGGGAGAGGAGGGGGGCGAGGAGGGGAAGGAGGAGGCAAAGGAAGGUGCGGCAGAAGGGAGUAGAGAGGACGAUGUAGGGGGCGAAUGGGAGGGAGAAGGGGAGGACGAAGAGAAGGGGGAGAAUGACCGUCAAGGGCAGAGGACGACACUUAAGAUUUUUGGGGAGGAGGAUGAAGAGGAGAAAGAGGAGAGCGUGGGACAGGGGCAGGAGGCGGAGGCUGAGGAGAGGCAGCCAGAGGGUAGGGAGAUAGGAGGGGAUGCUGGAGGGAGGAGUGAGGGGGCUUGUGCUGGGGAUGGCACUACUGGUGAUGGCACUGCUGCAGAUGGCACUGCUGCAGAUGGCACUGCUACAGAUGGCGCUGCUACAGAUGGCGCUGCUGCAGAUGGCACUGCUGCAGAUGGCACUGCUACAGAUGGCACUGCUACAGAUGGCACUGCUGCAGAUGGCGCUGGUAAGGCAGGAGAAGGGGUUAGAGUAGGUGGUGCGCAGGAAGCGAAGGGGACGGAGGGGGUGGAGAAGAGUGGGGCGGAGGGUGGGGUGGGAGCGGUUGAUGCAAGUGGUCCGGAAGGAGAGGGGGCGAAAGAGGAGAAUGUGGGAGGAGAGGUGGGAGGAGAGAAGGGAGGUGAAAGUUGUGAGAAGGACGAUGUCGGUGCUUGCGAGGAGAGGAGUAAGAAGCAGGAGGAUAAGAGCAGUGAAGAUGGUGAUGGUGCGAAGGACCAGGGUGAUGCUCAUGCUGGUGCUGAUGGUGGUGCUGGUGCUGAUGCUGGUGCCGAUGCUGAUGCUGAUGCUGGUGCUGGUGCUGGUGCUGGUUCUGGUGCUGAUGCUCAUGCUGGUGCUGGUGCUGGUGCUGGUGCCGGUGCUGGUACGGCUGCAGACGCUGAUGCCAAGGGAGAUGGUGAUGCUGGUGCUGUUGCUGACGCUAAUGCUGGUGCCGGUGCUGCUGCUGAUGCUCCUGGAAGUGCUGAUGGCGCUGCUAACGCCGAUGCUGAUGUGUGGUUUGUAGCAGAUGAGGAGAUGGGUUGAUGAGAUGGAGGAUCACUCACAGUGCAGUGCAUUUAGGAACUUCAGUGUUGAGUGAGCGGGUGAUCUGGUCUGGUGGUGCCUUACGCGGUAUCGUGAUCUCCACAAAAAGAAAAAUUGCAUUGAUCUAUGCUACUUAAUGCCAUUGUGAUGUCAUGCCUAGUGUCACUCUCUGAUUUUCUGUUUCAUUCAGCUGUAGUUCUUCCCUUUUUUCCCACCUGGAAGAUCGUAGUUUAGGUGGCUCCCUUCCUGUCCAGGUUAUUUCCUUGCUAGACUACUCUAGGUGUCAAACAAAUUUUGUAUGUCUUAAAGGCUAGAUAGGUGCGUA